ACCGCACCGAAAAUGCGCAUUGUUUUGCUUACUUCAUUGGAAAAAACGUGGGUCUUUGGCUAAUGUUAAUGUAUUUGGAACGUUUUAUGUGAAUAAUUGUUGUUAGGAACAGAAUCGUUUGUUAACUAUGAAUAGAGAGGAGGAAACAACAGCCAGAGUCACUCGUGGUGCCCUACGGCGACGUUCGGUUGACCUGGACACGUCUACUGGAAAUAGUACUCCAAAGAAAAUACCAACAGGCAAAAAACUAGCAAUACUUGAUUCGAUUCAAGAAGGAGCAAAUGGAUCGGUUGACUAUUCCUCUGAAGACGUUUCCAACACUACCAGAUCGACCAGAGCCAGGAAGGACACUCCAUCAGUAACAAGUAAAACAAGCCAGAAAAAGAGAGAGGAAGAUAAAAGUGGACGAAGAUCACGAGCAGCUUCUUUGACGGAGGAAAAUUUGGCUUCAUUGGAUGCUUCUUUGGAAGUUCGUCGCACUCCGCGACGUCGCCCUUCACAAGAUGUUAUUUCAACUCCACAAACAGAACCACAGUCAAGUCGUCGAGUUACACGUCGAAACAGCGCUACUUCCGAGGAUGUGCCACUUUCUGUUACAACUCCCACAGUUCAAAAAUCUCGACUUAGUCUUGCUCCGCCAACAAUUGCCGAAGAUGACGAGAAGGAGGACAAAAUUAAUACCUCUCACGAAGAUGCCGAUUUAUCCGACUUAGACAUACGCAAAUUGCGAAACAGAUCUAUCUCCAAUUCACCAGUUCAGAGAAGCAUAACGCCAUCCGGAAAAAAUACAUCUAUAAAUUCUCAGAACACUGAUGAUUAUUUACAAUCAAAACAGGAAAUUGCAAACGGCAGUUCCGAUAAAUUGCCAUCACCGCUAAAGAUCGAAACUGAUGAUGGAAAGGGACAGGAAGUAUCAGUAACGGAAUGUUCAAACAAUGAAGUUUCCAUUCAGAAUACCAGUAGUACGUUGCAAACGUCACUAAAAAACAAAUCAAUUGGGAACGACGAUGCCGUCACUCCCGUCAAAGAUAGUAGUACUAAACACCAGGAAACCAUGACGACCGGUAAAAAUGUUACAUUCGAUGAACAAUCAUCUUUGCGCUUGCAAAUUCACAGCUCGUAUCCCAAAACGCCGAUCGUAACUGGCGAUAGGAAGAGUAUCCGAAUUUAUGAAAAUCGGACGAAUUCGGAAGACAAUCAGGAAAUACCGAAAUCGAUGUCAGAGAUGUUCGAGAUCGACGAAACUGACACAGAAUCACCGACGAAGGUAGAUACUACCCGUAAGGUAGAAUCGAAAAUUGAUCCAAAUUCACCACCGGUUACACAGAAUCCUGCCGAAGAAUUGGAUACUAGUAUGGAUGCUUCAUUGGCCAACAUUGUGGACAAUGUAAAGGAGAACCUAAAUCGCGCUGAUCUGUCGAUGAGUAUUUUGGAGACCCCCCGAAAAACUGAAAAGCAAAAAACACAUUUAUCCCGAUUGCGCGAAGGAUCCAGCAGUACUCCGGUAUGUGCAACGCUGGUCGAAGAAGAAUGUGUAACAAAUUUGUCACAAAAUACGAUAGAAGUGCAAGUUCCAACUGAGACUAAUAAACCUAGCACCCCGAAAGACACUUCGAUUUCUGCCAAAUCUUGGAGUCAUGUGGUGAAGAGAAGUAGCGAGAUUGGCAUUGAUGCGUUCAGGGUACGAAAGCAGGAGGAACAGAACCGACAAGAUGAAGAAUCCAGACAGCUAAAUGAGUCAUUGAAGCGCAAAUCACUCGAAAUAGCACGUAUCGAUCACGAAGAAGACGAUGAUGAAGAAUCGAAGAAUAGUCUGGUAGAUGAUGAAGCAAUGGAAGUCGAUGAUUAUCAUUCUGGCGAUUCUCUGGAUAGCGAAACCAGGGCAGACAUGGAGCAAAAUGAUAUUCCGGUGGAUGGAGAAAGUAUUGGUAGCCAAGAUAGCGAAAUGAGUGAAGAUGCUGAUAGAGAUGGCGACGAAGAAGAGCAAGAUGAAAAAGAUUCGUUCAUUGUAUCAGACGAUGAGGGUUCGAAUUUGCUUGAAGGUACGGGAGACGAUUUAGCGUUGGGUGAAGAACCCGUCAGAAGAAGGCGUAUUAUUCAACAAGUGGAUUCUAGUGAUUACGAAGAUCAAGAAAUCGAGAAAGAAAUUUCGGAAACAACUGAAGCACCAAAUAAUGUCUCCAUUGCUGGAGUGAGUUCUUCAACGGAUGACUCUAAGGAUGCGACGGCAGAAGAAUCAAAAUCACCUAAUAAGUCUCCUCAGAAGAUUUCUUCACGAAGUCCAGAAAACGUGAAAUCACCUUCUUUUAAAAAAUCUGUUAAUACAGAAGAGCUUUUAAGGCAUCGUGACGAAGCCCCAAAAUCGCGCAAAUCUCUACCAGCACCAGUGAUGAUUUCAGCUGAUUUUUAUACUUCCUCAUUGAAGAAAGCCAAACGCAACACGAUUAACCCAAUGGCCCCGGAAGUAGCCGACAUAGAAAAAUCUUCGAAAGAAGAAACUAAACAAAAUCCUUGGAUGGUUUCUAAUCCAGCAGCCAUGACUCUAGCAAAGAAAAAUAAGCGAUUUUCACUAGAACCCACCACAUCUGUUGUAAAAUCUGACAAGCGUGCAUCGCUACCAGGUAAACUAUCGCAGCAUAAAGGUCUAUGUUCACCACUGAAACAAAAUGGUACUCACGUUUCCAAUGAACCGGAACCUUUGAUCGAGGAGAAAACACUUCCAGUUGAGGCCACUGAACCUAUGGAAGUUUCUGGCUCCGCCGAGGAAGCCAACAAAAUUCCAACAAAGAAUAUUGAAGUUACUAAAAAGAAACCGAAAGAGAUUAGCGAGUUUGAUCAUGAUAUGAUUCUAUCCCGUUGUAAUGAAAUCGUUCGAGCUGAUAAGGAAAAGAAGAAACAAAAUGCGUCACUUCGACAGAAAAAGAAGGAUGAAAAACGCCGAUUGCGCGAACAGCAAAAGUUGGAUGAAUCAGCGGAAGGAAACGAUGAAUCGACGGAGCAACAGAAGAAGAAAAAGAAAAAGAAGAAGCAGAUCAACUAUCUCCUAGAGGAGCUUGGCGAAACCAAGGAGCAGCAACUAGCACGAGCCAUACAACGGAAAGUUGCCUUAUUGGAAGCCAAACGGGAGCGUAAGAAGGCUAAAAAAGCAGCAAAACUUUUGCAGCAACUCAAUAAAGAAAAUCAAAAUAACCAACCGAAGGAAGGUAUCGGAGCUAAGUUUGAGAAGAAUGCCAAGAAGAAGAAAGAAAAGAAAAAGGCCAAUUUGAUAGAGGCCGUGGAAAACAUUUCUUCGGUGCCGAUUGUCAAAAGUAAUUUGUCCGCUUUUGCUGUGUACGGUGCUCAAAUAGAAGAAUUAAAAAAGGAGCAAACCUUAGGAAAGAAAAAGAAACAACUGAAAGAAAAAAAUCAAACAUCAGCCACAGAAGAGGUCCAAGAAGCACUACAAGCGAAUGUUCAAUCAAAGAUUAAAAAAGCUGAAACUGAUUCCGGGGAUAAAACUACUAGACUGGACACUUCUGACGAAAACGGUUCUAAUUCCAAGACCAAAGAGAAGAGCGCGAAGAAAAAGAAAACCGACAAAUUGGAGCAUUCGGACAACGAGAAAAUACAAAAGAAAACAACCGACCACUUUACAAAAACACCAUUAGAAACAACAAAGGAACCUAAACAAUCCAAGGGAAGUAAGCUCAAGCAAACCGGAUCUGCCCCCUCGGAUUCAUUGGACGAAACCCUAAUUAAACUAAAGCAAUCGUUAUCAGAACCAAUCACGAAGGUAGUGAAAAAACAAAAACUAUCUCAGAAAGAGUCGGUUAUCGUUCGGCAGUUCUCCGAAGUGGAAGUAACACCGCCCCGUAAAAUAACAGGCGGAGCCCGCAAGCUAAAGGCUCUCACUCGUUUGGAAUCCGGCUUCAUGGAAGAACCAAUGACCCCAGAACACCAGAUGCUAAAACGCAACCAUGGUUUCAGAGAGGAACCGGUUACACCGAAACCCAUUGGAUUCCGAGUUUCGAACAUUCUUCCUGCUGGUCAAGAGGAGUUGCGAGUGCAGGCAAACGCAGCAAGAAAGAACAGGAAGCGCGUUAAUCCACAUUUCAGGCGAACAGCGCAAGUUUUGGAACCGGUUAGAACGUUACCACUACCGAUUUGGACACGAUCGGGAACGUUCGAAGUUGAAGAAGUUAGCAUACAAGACCAUAAGAAAAAAUCUUCCAAGACACCCGAUAGUAAUUACGUUCCGCUCAAUGUAAACGGCUCUGGAUCUGGGAAAAUAUCCACGCAAUUCCUACUGAAGCCAUUGACAUCGACUAAAACCAAGGAAAAAGGCCUCGGUAAGGCGCGUCGUGUCGAAUUGUCCGAUGUGGAGCAGGACGUGAUUAAUUUCAAAAAACAAGCUAUUCACGUCAAAAAUGCUCAUCUAAGGGAAAAGAAGUCCAAGUACUGAUCGAUUGUAAACUUUUGUUUUCUUUUUUGAUAUCUUAAAGAAACUGGCUAGAGCCAUUUUCUACAAUGUAAUUGUUAGUGCGAAGCGUACAAUUUUAGUUUAACAAUAUAUGUUCUUUUGGAUAGCA